AUGUCUGUUAAUAAUUUUGAAUUUCUGUCCAGAGAUGACAUUCCCAAUGGCGAUCAUUAUGAAAACGAUGAAAAUGAAAGAUUCGAAAACAUUGUUGAAAACAUUGGUGAAAAUGAACUGCACAAUGACUCAUCUUCGGAAGAUGAUAUCGAUCUCAUAGAACAAUAUAAAACUGGAUUCUUUAUCCAAGAUACAUGUAUGUAUAGACCAUUCCGUAUAUUUCCGCCAAGCCGAAAUCGUGUAACAUAUGUGUGUCGGAUAGACACCUGGCUGAGAUACAAAUUACAUGGAGAGUUUACUGAGAGAGAGAGAAAUUUUGUUACGCUUUGCCUGGAGGACUUAAGGAAAUGGAAUGAUGAAGAGACUGAAGAUAGGAUAACAGGAGAAGAUGAUAGUAUGUCCGAAAUUUUGAAAUGUGGCCCGAGCGAAUCCGGCAAUAUGAUAAGCGCAAUCAAGCCG